UCACAACAGUGUAAUUCAUUCAGCAGUUUCCAUGUUCAUAUGGAGUUGAAAUGAUCGAAUAAGUCGAGAUGGUUAUCUAUGGACUUUAUCUCAUUUUUUGUUUGUGUAGUAUUCAGUUUAACCUCAUCGAAAGUGCUAAAGAUUAUGCUGAGAUACUCUCUAUCGAUGGAGAAAUUACAAUUCGUUCGGCACAGGACAAAAACAUAUCUUUCGAGACAGAUGGACAAGGCGACGUUUACAUCAAGAAGGCCAGUUUCGCGAAUGCUGCAUCCACGAUAAAAAGGGCCGACGAAGUCAUGGAUGAUUAUAAAACCGUCCUUGCCUCGAAUGUUGAACGCUUGAAAGUAUUACAUCUGAUUGUCGAAAUAGUCGUGAAGCCCGAUGUUAACAAAUUGGAAGAUAAACUGAAGAAUUUCAAACAUUCGAACUCUAAUCCAAACUUAGGCGACAAUCUCAAGGCGGAAAUAGCAGAAUUGAGGUCUGCAGUGGCAAAACUGAAAAGACUUAUAACGAAAAAUGAGUGUGCCAGUGGCCCUUGUAAAAAUGGGGGUACCUGUCAAGAUCUCUUCGGCCAUUACCACUGUAGUUGUCCGAACGGUUGGGAGGGACUUAGUUGCGAAAAAGACGUAAAUGAAUGUGCGUUGUUCAAUUCAACAGAUUUGGGAUGUCAGAAUGGCGGAAUAUGCCGCAAUAAACCUGGAUCAUACGAUUGUAUAUGUGCGAAUGGUUGGCAUGGUUUGCAUUGUACCACCAAAAAGACAGACUGUUUCUCUGGUUCAGCCUUCGAAGUAUGCGGUCAUGGUACUUGUAUACCGCAAAAUAAUGAGCUUGGCAGAAAAUGUAUCUGUGAUCAGGGUUGGAGGAAGUCGAAUGAAAAUGAAGCCUGUGUCAUCGACGUGGACGAAUGUAAGGAGGAAAAUCCGGUAUGCUCAAAAGAUCCACUUGUUUCUUGUGAAAAUACCCCUGGAUCCUUCCACUGCGGCCCAUGUCCUGCCGGCUACACUGGAAAUGGACAGUAUUGCACAGAUAUCAAUGAGUGUGAACUUUUCAAUGGCGGUUGCAGUCCUGGAGUGGAAUGCAUAAACACGCCUGGAUCAAGAGAAUGCGGUCCCUGUCCUCCAGGGUACAUCGGCAACGGAUCUGCUUGCACCUACCAGGGAGUCUGUAGAAGAAAUAAUGGAAAUUGUCAUUUCCUGGCUACAUGUGUCGAAUACCCCAACAUCGAAUAUCACGAGUGCAGAUGUCCUCCUGGAUAUACGGGCAAUGGGUACGGACCUAGAGGAUGUGUUCCUUCUACAGUAACGGCGUGCAGUUCAAAUCCUUGUAAAUUUGGAACGUGCACACCAGACUCCAACCGAAUCGAAGGUUUUAGGUGUAAAUGUCAGAAAAACUACUACGGAAAGUAUUGCAAUCAUUCGUUGGGGUUGUGUUCCAGCAACCCUUGCAAAAAUGGAGGACUCUGUGUCGAUCAAAAUUCCACGUCAUAUACUUGUAUAUGCCCUCACUCUUAUAUCGGUAAAAACUGCGAGAUAAGUCCUCAGGAGUGUGGUGACUUAGGGAUGCAAGAAAUUGGUGAGAUAAGUUACCCCUCUAGCCCAUCAGCCUAUCUGAUGUGUGUCUGGAACGUUCGUACUGAGGAAAAUAAAGUUUUCAAUAUAACUUUCGUUGAUUUCAACAUAGGAAAUGGUGUUGUUUGCAUUGAUGAAUGGCUUAAGAUAACCGAGGGGAGCGGGGAUGAAGUCAAUUUCCUUGGAAAGUUCUGUGGAAAAGAAUUACCGAGAAAUGGACGAUUAUUGAGUACCAAGAAUAAAAUCACGAUCAGUUAUAGGGCGAAAAAUAGACUGUCUUCCUUCAAGCUGCGAUGGGAGUCUGUCCGACCACAAUGCCAUGAAAUUCUCAAUUUGACGUCGAAAUCAACUGGAAGUAUAAAAUCGCCCAAUUGGCCUAAUGAUUAUCCUGAAAACAUAGAUUGUCUUUGGUUGUUGCAAGCACCUGCUGGCAAAUCUAUCAGGUUGACUUUCUUCAAUUUCGAUUUAGGAAAUGACUCAUACUGUAUCGGAGAUUUUCUGGAAGUAUCCUCAUCAUUCACUGAGGGAAAAGACAUCCUGAUAAAAAAAUGCGGAGGGCCAGCCCCAGAAGAAAUUAUAUCGCAAACACCUGAAAUGCGUAUUCAUUUUCACUCAGACCACAAAAAUUCCCAUCGUGGUUUUCUGAUCAACUAUUCUCUGCAACCGGGUUGUGGAGCUUUACUAAAUAAUGCCAGUGGUGUUAUAGUUCCACCAAGGGUUGCCAAAGAAAUUGUUUGUUUUUAUCAAAUAAAUCAUAAUCUCGAAUUGAAAACAAAGCUGACUUUCAACAGACUAUCUCUUCGCGAAUCUGAUGGUUGUACCGAGGAAUAUGUUGCUUUAUACGAGGGGUAUAAUACAAGUGGUUCUCUGAUUGGAAGAUACUGUGGAAAUACUGUACCCUCUGUGUAUAUCUCUGACAGUGGUGUCAUUUCCGUAAAGUAUAAAAAAACUGGAUCCUCAUCGUAUUUCUCUUUGGCAUAUGAAGCAGUUUGCGAAAAAAUUCUUGAGACCCCCAGUGGAUAUAUCCUUUCAUUGGGGUAUCCAAAUGCAUUACCUGUCGGUCUAACUUGCUACUAUCUGAUAAAACAACAGCCAGUAUCACUGAUUACUCUGCAUAUUUCUUUGAUGGACGGUGAUUAUUUGUACUACGACAAUAAUUGCGAAUCUAGGGUUUUCGAGAUUAGAGAUGGGGAUAAUGAAAAUGCCACCUUGGUUGAUACACCCAUCGACUAUGAAGAUGAUGAUGGUACAAGCAGUUUUACCGUCUAUUCUAGUUCUAACUCGUUGUGGAUCAAAGUUAACUCUUCUUCCACUGAAUGCGCUUCUAGCUUCACGGCAACUUAUUCAACAACUUCAGAUUGUGGAUCUUUGUUGAGGAACAUGACCGGAUCCAUAACAUUCAGCAACACCAAAAGGAGCAAAAAAUAUUGCAGGUGGAUUCUGCAAGCACCCAGUGGUUUCUUCAUUCAGCUGUACGUGACCCUUUUGGACUUCUUUGGCUCUAUUAACAGUGAUUGCUCCGCGAAUCAUGUGAACUUAUACGAGAACAAUUCCUAUUCGAAGGAAGCUAAAUUGAUUGGUUCUUAUUGCGGCAAACGGAUUCCACCUGUGAUCCUCAUACCAUCGAAUUUGGCCACCAUCACUGUGACAAGCGCGGGAGCUUUAAGAGAUCAGGAAUUUUCGGCAAAUUACAUAUUUCUCAACGAAAGUAAAGUUUGUGGCGGAAAUUUCUUCACCUCAUCUGGAGCGAUAAAAUCUCCACAGUAUCCAGGUCCAUACCCACCAUCGUCCGAUUGCAUCUGGACCAUUACUGUGAAUACCGAUCAGCAGAUUGAGCUGAAAACGUCGAUUUUCAAGAUGAGAGUACCUUGCACUAUGGAAUAUCUCGAAAUACGAAAUGGUGGAUCCGCAUUCUCUCCGCUGAUAGGAAGAUUUUGUGGUACCAAGAUACCGAAGAUAAUACGUUCCCACACCAAUCAACUUUAUAUGCAUCUAGUUGCUACGUCUUACUCUUCUAUCGAUAGAUAUAAAUUUAUGUUCACGUGGGAAACAACAACAACUGGCUGCGGUGGCAAACUGACAACGGCGACUGGUGCUUUAGCAUCGCCACACUAUCCAGAGCCAUAUCAUUCUGAGGCAGAUUGUCACUGGAGCAUUAUUGUGAGCCAGGGCUCUACUAUACAGCUGGUAUUCUUGGAUUUCGACCUCGAAACCACCAGGUUCAAUCGGGAUUUCGUUGAGGUUUUCGACGGAUCAUCCAAAAUCGCGAAAUCCUUGGGCAGGUUUAGCGGUUCUACCUUACCCCAAAGUAUGAUUUCCACCAGCAGAAGAAUCGAUAUUUACUUCAUAUCCGAUGAAAGAAACGAGGGCAGAGGCUUCAACCUUCAUUAUAGAACCAUUUGCUCCAACAAUCUCACGGGUUAUGGCGGUGUUAUUGAGAGUCCUAACUUCCCUGAUUCCUAUCCGGUGCUACAAGAGUGUACCUGGCACAUAAAAGUCACCAAAAAGAAUACUGUCAACAUAACUUUCUCCCAUUUUGAUCUGGAGGAGAAGGGCUAUCAUGACUACCCGUUUUUCGCUUUGAGACCUGGGGUUCACAUAAAUUACUUGAAGAUAAUGUACAUGAGAUACAGUGAGGAUGAUCUUGGUGUACAAGAAAAAGUUUUGUUGAAUACUUACGUAGGAUCUAACCUCCCAGACAGUGUUAAUGUACCAUCGGAUCAUGUUAUCUUGUAUUUCAAAUCCGACACUAAUUUGAUUGGAAACGGUUUCCGCUUAGAAUGGAUGGUGAAUGGUUGUGGAGGACAUUUAAACAAACCAGGAACCAUCACCUCUCCCAAUUACCCGAAGAAGUAUCCGGAUGAGGUAGAGUGCGAAUGGUUGAUAGAAGCACCGAUUGGACGGAGUGUGGUUAUAGAUUUCACAUCUGUUGAUAUAGAAAAGCAGAACUUAUGUCCCUACGACGUGAUAAAGGUAUUCAACGGACCGGAUUCCAGCUACCCCAUGCUAGGGUCACUGUGCCACAUGGAGAAAGAGGUUAAAUUCACAUCAAACGGCCACCUGAUGCACGUUAGUUUCUUGAGCGACUCUACAUAUGCCGGCAAAGGUUUUUCGGCAGAUUUCGAGUUCAUCGAGUCCAAAUGCGGUGGUGUAUUCUCUGCCCAAUUUGGAACGAUAACUUCGCCGAACUUCCCCAAAAACUUCAACGUCGGCGACUACUGCGAAUAUCUGAUAUCCGUCGAUAUCAAUCACGUGAUCGAUCUCAAAUUCGAAACUUUGGAUUUGAUUGUAACGAAAAAUUGUACCAAAAAUUCCAUUAAGAUUUAUGAUGGACCAUCGACUAUGAGUCCGUCUUUAGCAACAAUAUGCGACUCAACCAACCAAACUUUCACAUCUACCUCCAAUCAUAUGCUGGUCGUGUUUCAACAUGUCCAAGUUCACCGAAAUAAAACGUGGCGGCGUUGGGAAGAUCCUGAUACGCAGACCAGUCAAGGAUUCAAGGCGGUCUACAGCAAAGCUUGUGGAUCUCGAAUAAUUGCGAGUGAUAUGAGUGGAAAUCUGAAGCUGAAACCAUUUUCGAUGUCUCAUUCCAAGAUCGAUUCCAAAUGCGCAUGGACCAUAGUCGCUCCAAAAUCAGAUCAAAGAGUUGUUUUAACUGUCACCCGUCUGCAUAUGCAGUCUGUAGACGAGACUUCCCACACUGGCUUGAUCGUCUAUGGAGGAGAAUCCACGGAAUCUCCUUUGAUCGGUGAAUAUUUGACCAACAAAUUACCACCUACAAUCGUGAGUGGAGGUUCCGCCCUGCAUGUUGUAGUAAAAGGAGAUGUUGACUUUUUCGCUGUUUACCACGUGUACGGAGCUAGUUGCGGGGGUAUUUUGUCAGGUUUGAAUGGUAUGUUUUCUCCGGUGGGUGGAUCUUGCGAGUGGACUAUAAAAGUUGCACCAGGAAACGAGAUCAGCGUCUCUUUCAAAGAUUUCAACAUACCCAAAUCGGACAAGUGCAGUUUAGAUUACCUGGAAAUAAGGGAAAGAAACGCAACUGGACCGUUGAGAGGAAUUUUUUGCGGAGAUAAGAAACCUGCCGAAUUGACGCAUCAGGGUAGUUUGUGGUUUUUCUUCCACUCAUUGAAAGAUAACAACACUGUCAUAUCAUCGCCAGUAGGAUUCGUGGCAGAAUAUGCAACAAGUACACAUGUUGAUGUAACUGGUUAUCGGGGUGAAAUCGCUUCACCACUUUACCCAGAGAGCUUUUCCAGCUCGGUUCCUUUCACAUGGAAGAUAUCAGUGCCCGGCACCUCAAGAAUUAUGUUGGAAUUUGAAGACUUUCAGACGGAAAAUUUCCUAGAUGAUUACUGCCUCACCCCAUACCUCAAGGUGUAUGACGGUUCGAAUGAUGAAGCCACAGAAUUGGGUACUUUUUGUGGUCUCAAGAAGCCAGAUCGUCUAGAAUCGUCAUCCAACAGUAUGUUUAUUGAAGCCGUCAUGGAUUCUUCGAGACUAGAUAACAGAUUCCUUCUGAAGUGGAGGAGGAUAUAUUACCAGAAGCAGCCAGAAGUCAAUAAGACCUGCGGAUCAGAGGACAUAAUCGACUUGAGGAAGAUACACAAAGUCAAUCUAACUUCACCCGGUUACCCGAAUGGAUACGCCCCGAACUUGGAGUGCGAAUGGAACUUCGAAACGGAAAGUGGAAAUAGUUUGCGAUUGAAAGUGAACUCCGUGAAUCUGGGCUUUUCCAGCUACUGCUUUCACGAUUACAUCAGGAUGAGGUCGGACGAUAUGGAUAAGAAAAUCUGCCACCGGUCGCAAGCUCGCACCUACAACGCCUCCAGGUCCCUCAAAGUUACCUUCGUAACGAACGCGUAUUACAACGGGACAGGAUUUUCGGCAGAGGUGAUGGAAGGUUGUGGAGGUGUCAUGAAAGAAUCCUCCGGUGUUAUAACAUUCGACAGUAAUUCUCCAAGAGAUUGGACGUGCAAAUGGAAGAUCAACGUGAAACCUGGUCGAAGAAUAAGUAUAGAAUUCUUGAAAUUCACUACAAGUUCGAGCAACCGUUGCGAUAAUUUCAUCACGCUGAAAAACGGCUUCGAUUCCAGUUCUCCCAACUUAGGGGAUGGAAAGUUUUGUGAGAAACCACCCAAGCUCAAGACGACGGGCAAUAAUUUAUACAUCGAGUUCAGCGGCAAUCCAAAUAAUACGGAGUUCAAAGCCGUCUACAGGGAAGUCCUCUAUGACUGUGGCGGCUCAUUCGCGUUGAACGAAAAACUGAGUAGCAUGCAAAUAAUGUCUCCGAACCACCCCAGUCAAUCUGAGCCGUUUAUCGAAUGUGUAUGGUCGAUAACAUCACCCCCCGGCACCCACCUCCAGGUCGAUUUCAUUGGGAAAUUCGAUUUUCAUCAGGAUUAUGGAUGCGAUGUCGAAGGAGUUGAACUGAGGGAUGGUGGUACAAAUAUGUCACCCUUAAUCAAUAAGUUUUGUGAUACAUCGCCAAAUACUCAAUUCUCAACUGAUAACAUAUUAUUCGUGAAAUAUUUCACUCAAGCCAAAGAACCUGGCGAUGGGUUCUUGGCGAAUGUUUCCAUAGCUUCUUGUGGUGGCACAUAUAAGAAUCCGACUGGUUUCAUAGAGUUGAGUUAUUUAACUGGAAAACAAUUAAUAAAUUGCACCUGGAAUAUAAUUGCACCUGCUUACGACACCCUGGACCUGAAUAUUAUUUUCAAGGGACUGGUGAGUUCAUACUUGUGCUCGUCGUAUGGACGAUUUGCCGUUUAUGAGAUUAUCGAUAAGCCUGGCAAGACUAAGGAGAGAAAAAACCUUUGGACGGAUAUGUGUGAUGCCGCCCAACCAAAACAUAUCACGUCUGUUAGCAAUCGGGUCACCAUUGAAUUCAGUAAUGAAAUGAGCUCCGCGCGACCUGUACAACCUCUAAGUCUUUCGAUCACAUAUAAUGCAACUGGAAAAGAGUGCAGCUACACCCUCAACACCGACUUCGGUGAGCUGCAAUCUCCGAACUAUCCGAAUCUGGAUUACUUCAAAGGCUAUUGCGUUUGGACCAUCAAUGCGCCGAAAGGCAGAAGGGUCACUGUCAACAUAACGGACUUCGACCUCGAAAAAUACUCGGCCACAUCGAAGGACGGCCAGUCCAUCGUUUUCCUGGACUACGGGGAAUAUUUCAUGGACGAAAUAUUUUACAAUUCCUCGAAGAGGAUUUACAAAUCCAGCGGAAAUGUCUUACAAGUCAUUUUCUUGAGCGAACAGUCCACCACCCAUCGAGGUUUCAAGGCGUACUACACCUCCGACGAGGAAGAAGUUUGCAACCAAGAUUUCAACGCAGAACGUGGAAGUCUAUCCAGGCUGCCUGGUGAUCUGACAUAUGUUUGCCUCUACAAGAAUGUUCAGAAGUUACCUAUCAAUAGGACCCUGGCUCUUACUGUGAAUUCCACAUUGAAUUAUAAGGACAGUCCAAGAUUGGCCCUCUUCCGAAAAUCUUCCAUCAGCAUCAAAACAGAACCUUAUGGAGAAUACACGUUUGCAGUUACCCUUUUAUCAAGCAACAGACCCAUCUUAGAACCAGUAAUCAUUCGAACAGCUUAUCUUCAAACCUUCCUCGAGCUUCAAAUCAAAAAGAGUGAAGGUAACUUUUCGAUAGACUAUGAAUAUUAUCCCUGCGGAGGAUUGAUACAGAAUAGUUCAGGCUACAUCAGCACCUAUUCCCUCUUCAAAAAACGCUUGGAAUGUGCCUGGGUUAUCGAGCUACCAGUAGUCGAACGGAUAAAACUCACCUUCUUGUCGAUGAACUUGGGGGAAGAUUGCGAAAAGAGCUACAUCGAAGUUUACAACGGAAAAUAUUCAACAGCGCCGAGAAUAGGAAGGUAUUGCAAUACCAACAUGCCAAGUUUGAUAGUUUCGCAAAAGAGCAACUUAUUGAUCGAGUACCAUCACGAUGGAGGUUCUUCUGGUGCUGGAUUUAAUGCCACAUACGAUACAUUCACCGAAGGUUGCGGAGGUACCAUCACCAGCAAAUAUGAAUUAAUCGAAACUCCGAACUACCCUAAGGAUUAUCCAAAUAACGCUGAGUGCCGUUGGGUAAUUGCCUCGCCAGAGGGUAGUCAUAUGACACUAACCUCCGCCAAUCGCUUCCAUCUAGAAGAAUCCAUCGGAUGUGCAAACGAUUAUGUUGAGAUAUUCGACUGGAAGAACGGGCAGUGGGCUAGUUUGGGGAAAUAUUGCGGUCGACAAUUUCCACAACUAACUUCUAGCGGUAAUAAGAUGCUUAUUGUGUUCAGGAGCAACGAUAAGAUAUCUGGAUCUGGAUUCCAGGUUAAAUGGCUGAUGAAAUGCGGUGGACACUUCAGGGCAACAACUGAAAAAAAAUAUAUUACCAGUCCAGGAUACCCUAAGAAGUACGAUAACAGUUUGUUCUGCACCUACUUCAUUUAUGGCAGAGACAAAAUAGUUGUGGAAUUCGAAGAUUUCGCUUUGGAAGGAGAUUAUCCCACAUGCCUUAACGAUAAUGUAACCGUUUUAUCAAGCUCAAAGGCUGCAGUCUAUUGUGGACAAACGAAGCCAUCAAGAAUUGAGGCUCGUUAUAACGUUUUCAUCAAGUUCAGGACCGAUGUUUGGAUUGCAGACAGUGGUUUCAAACUCUCUUUCAGAACGGACGAAUGUGGAGAAACUAUAACGGAGCCCAAAACGAUCGUCAAACCAUUCAGUUCUUUACUGAGCGUAAGAAGGCAUUAUUACUACCGAGAUUCCUGCCUUUGGAAUAUUACAGCGCCCAAAAACAAGACAAUCAUGAUGAAAUUCACCAAUUAUUCAGAAGUUUAUUCCUACAUGUCGUGCAUUGGCAACGCCUUAGAGGUGUACGAUGGGGCGAAAUUCGAUAAUCUACUGGCGAAAAUAUGCGGCGCUGAAAAUAUCCAAAUACCAGUCAUAACGUCAACUAGUAACAUUGCCAUGCUGUCGCUGAAGACGAUGGACAGGGGACAGAUCUCUUUCGCUGUAGAAAUCUCAUUCAAUCCAGGUCCUGCAGAGGGUUGCGGCGGGGUCUACAAAUUGAACGGGACGAAGGUGAUUCGUCCUCCCAAGAACUUCACGAACGCCGAUUGUCAGUGGAAAUUCGAGGUUCAAGAAGGCUACAAGGUGGAGUUCAAGAUCGAAUCCUUGAAAUUGCCGAUAGGGUGCGAGGAACCCAGGACGCACGGUUCGAAGAACUGCACGUGCAGUUUUAUAGAGAUAAGGGAUGGAGCUGGACCUUUCUCCGAGGAAAUAGACCAAUUCUGCAGUAACACGACUUAUUCUCAAGUCUACACGACUACUUGGAAAUUUGGCUUUCUCAGAUUUUACACGGCAACGGAUUAUCUGGAAGAUACAUUUAGAAUAUCCGUGAAACCGAUAAAAGGUAUUGUUGUGGGGUAUGUUCGAAAAAUCCGAAGAGCUAUUGUGAAAACUCGCUUUCAGAUAUAUGUGGACCGAGGGAAUACGUCGCCGAUAAAUGUUCGCAUCCUCACUUCCCCAGGUUAUCCAGGGCCCUAUGAGUCCAACAUCAAAUGUCGAUGGACGAUAAACAAGUGGAAUUUCAGACAGAACAUCCAGAUCCGUUUCAUCGAGUUCGAUCUGACCAAUUCCACGCAACACGAGAAUGAAAAUUUCUGUUCCGGUGAUCGUAUUGAACUGGAUGAAGGAAGGGUCAGACAGUCUUUGUACGAAGGAAGGGGCAAAUCAAUUUCAGCGAAACGAACCUACAAUUCCUAUCAAUUGAAUAAGGAAGAAACAAUGCAAUUCUGCGGUAAAGGACUGAAGCCGUUCACUAUUAGCACCAAAAAUUCGGCUUUAAAUAUUGGCUUUAUAAGUACGUCCGAUCUUGGAAAGGGCAGGGGAUUCAAGAUGGAAUUUUCUUUAUCAGGUUGCUCGAGUAAUUUCACACAAGAUUCUGGAACAAUUUAUGCCGCUCAAGAAAAUCGUACAAACUGCAUGAUAUACCUUACCUCUUCGGACAACACCACAUUAUCCCUGUACUUCAACAUGUUCUGGCAAGGAUACCGAAACAACUGCUCAACUGCUGCUCUAGAAGUAUACGACGGCCAUUCUGAACAAUCAACGAAGCUGUUAAGAUACUGCGGAUCUGUAACCCCUAACCCAGUGUUCGGAAACAGCAACAAAAUGUUGAUAAUCCUAUCUGGUUCGCAGACUUAUACUAUGUCCUCCUUAGAAGCCACAUUUUUGGCUUCGUCAAAUGGCAGAGGAUGUGGUGGCAAAAUCUUCGACCAGCACGGCACGAUCAGUAGUCCAUUUUAUCCGAAUAAUUAUACCGACGAGGCUAUCUGUACCUGGGAGAUAAACAUACCAAUUGGGGCGCAAAUGAAGGCCGAUGUUAUGAAUUUCCGAAUAACCGGACCAUGCGAAUCGAAUUAUCUGAAAGUCUCUACCUACGAAAAUGGAAAGGUGAACGAUAGGACAUUUUGUGGAACGGAUCGUAUAGCGCAAUUACAGUCCGCCAAUAAGAUGAUUAUUACUUAUAAAUCGUCUGCACUCAAUACGGGAUCAGGAUGGUUGAUCAAAUUCAGAAGAGCGACCAACAGAUAUGGAUUGACAAGAAAUAGUUAUGUACCUCCAUUAAGACCUAUGCCACGUGAUGGAGACUCGCAUUACCCCAGAUUUUCGGUCCCCUUCUUCAGUAGAACUGGAUGAAGGCGUUCUAUUUUUGAAAUAAAAGAAUAACAUUUA